GGGGCCCUUCCAGCCCCUGCCAUUUUGGGAUGCUGUGUGAUUCUGUGAAGUCGCUCCUUUGGGAGUGCGUGGGCCCCACCGGCGCGCAGUGGGGUGCAGCAGUGUGUGAGGAGGCACUUGGAGCCCCGGGGAGCUGUGCUGGAGAAGGAGACGGCUGGAGGUUACCCACGGUGAUAACGUUUGUUCAGUAUGUGUAAAGCCGGCUGUCACCCUCCUCUUGGAUGAAUAGGAGAGCCAAGCCUCCUAAAGAACAAAAAAGUCAACGUUCUGUCUUGGCCUGCAGACAGAAAGAAAAUGAUCUCCUCGAAUAUGCUGAUUUCUUAAAGCUGUACAACCAGUAUCACAGAGUCUAUGAGUGGCACCAACGAAAUGAACAAAAAUGGCUGCACAGUGUUGUGCAGAGGAAGGUGGAUGCGACAAUGCAGGAGUAUCUGGCAGGGACUGAGGAGAGAAGAGAGAGGCUUCGUGAGCUUCUGGAGGCAGAGGAAAAUAGGUAUUUUGCUGAGAUGGAGUCACUUGAAGAAACGGCACUGGAGAAACAAGAGAAAAUGAGGGAGCGAGCAAAAUUACUGAGAGAGAAGAGAGAAAAAGAAAGACAACAACUGGUGGCUGAAAAACGAGAGCAGCAGUUCAGAGAACAAUGCGAGGAGCUUCGUGUACAGCAGAUGAAGAAGCACCAGAAGGAAUUGUGUGAAGACCGGCUGGCCCAGCUAGCUCUGAAGGAGGAAUUGAAAAAGCAACAGAAGAAGGAGGAGCAGGUGUUUGCAGAGCUUUGGAGAGAGGAUAUGUUGGCUAAGGAAAAGCGAGAGGCGGUGGAGGUGCAGAAAUCAGCAGAACAGAAUCGAGAAAUCCUGAACAUGCUCAGUGCCCAGGUAGCGGUGCUCAGUGCUCGCAAAGAGGAGGCAAAGAGGCUGAAGGAAGAAGAGGCUCGAUUGCUGGAAGAACAGCAGCAACUGCUUAAGGUAGAAAAUGAACAACUUCAGCUGAAGAAACUCAGAAACAAGAAGAAUCGUCUUAAUGAAGAAAAACAAGGUGAACUUGCCCUAGAGAUGAAGAUCUUGGAAAAAUCUCUUCAGGAACCCCAGGAAGACGCUGAGGAGAAAACAAAAAGAAAACAAGAGCUGCUAAAGGAGCAACAGACUUACCUGGCACACCUGGCUCAACAGCAGGAGGAGGAGAAACAGCGAGAAAAAGAAGGGGAUGAGCUCCUCAAGGAAGAGAUGGCAAAGGUUUGGGCCAAGAAGGCUGAGCAAAUGCAAUUAGAAAAGGAGGCUAGAAAGCAGCUACUGAAAGACGUCCUGGAUACAAGACAACUGCAGAUGGAGGAGAAGUUGCAGAGAAAUGCAAAGGAGCAGGAAGAACUGGCUCGAGAGAGGGAGUCACUAGCUGAAGCAAUCGCAGAACUCAAGCAUAUAGAAGAAGAAAAAUAUGCAAGAAAAGUAAAGGAAGCAAAAGAAUACCAAGAGCAACUCAGGGCUCAGAUUGCCUAUCAACAACAGGCCCGUGAUGCUGAGGAAGAAGAGAAGCGGCGAGAAUAUGAAUCGGAUCUAGCGGCAGAGAGAGCUUACCAAGAAAGGGUACAGGACCUUCUAUUGAGACCUUGUGAGAAAUUAGCAAAGACCCACCCUUUGAGAAGAAAACUAAAGCCUAACACUCAAGAAAAUAAUAUACGAUAAUUUUUUUAGCUCACUUGGUUGCCUUAAAAUAACAUUUUCUAAGGAUGUUCAUAACUGACUCAAGUUAGCAGACCCCUCUCUGCUGUGAUGCUCAAAAUAUUUAACUGGCAAAUACAAGAAACACGGUAUUUUUAAAGGUUAUUUUUUCCCUAUUGGAUUUUCUUUGACAAAAUGACUGAUCCAAAUGAAAACGUGUGACAUUUCAAUGCAAGAAUAUUGUAUGUUCUCUGCAGUAUAAUAGUGUAUUAUUAUGACAUGGGUGAUAU